AUGCCACCUCGGUCGACUGCUCAAAAGCGGUUGCUUAAAGAAUACCAACUUCUAACUAGAGAUCCACCUCCAGGUAUAAUAGCGGGUCCAGUUAGCGAAGAUAAUUUAUUCAAAUGGCAGUGUUUUUUAGAGGGACCAUCAGACACGCCAUAUGAAAAUGGAGUGUUUCCCGCUAUACUUACAUUCCCCAAGGAUUACCCUUUGGGACCACCAACUUUGAAGUUUGACCCACCUUUGUUACACCCAAAUAUUUAUUCUGAUGGAACCGUUUGCAUAUCAAUAUUACAUCCUCCGGGUGAAGACCCAAAUCAGUAUGAAAGACCUGAGGAAAGAUGGUCUCCCGUGCAAAGUAUUGAAAAAAUAUUGCUUAGUGUUAUAUCAAUGUUGGCUGAACCAAACCCAGAAAGUGGUGCAAAUAUAGAUGCUUGUAAAUUGUGGAGAGAAAAUAGGGAAUUUUACAAUGAGACGAUAAGAAAACACGUUAAAGACUCUUUAGGUUUGUAA